GGAAGUGAAUGACGAGCAUGUAGGGGUAGGAUUGUACGCCAUUUUAUCUCAAAGCAAGAGACAAUGAGCAGCGGAAAAUGAUAGAAAUAUUUUGUACAAAUUCCAUUUUAAUCCGUCACGCAAAGUUUCAUUGCUACCCGUAAUUUGUGCGAUUUAGAUUUUACCUUCAAAGUAUAAUGGAUGCGUAGCCGAAAGUGCGGAAAAUUGUGAUUACAUCAUGGGUUCCUAUUGUUUAUCAAUUGAUGUAUCACUCCACGAAAAAAAUAUUUUAAAUCUAGUAAAUAACCAAUGAGUGGAGGAUGAGUGAUCAGCAAGCAGGGGUUGUGCCAACCCCGCCAUCAGGGCCUCAAACGCUGAAUGUGGCAGGUCAAACUGUCCGCAUUCAGCAGGUCCUGGCAGCGGCAGGCACCUCAAAUGUUAACCUCCUUGCCACUGGAGGACAACAGUACAUCCUCACUCCUGGACAAGUACCUGGGCUGGCACAGGUUUUGUCCCCUAUUGGCACCAGUACUCCUGGGGGUGUGACAAGAAUUUUAACGCACAGAGUACUUGGAGUUCCUGGAAGAGGAGGAACCAUACAACUAGCUACAACUAGUGCGGGUACAGCUGCUGGUACACCUGUCUCCCUAGUAGCUAUAGGCCAGUCACCAGUGAAUGCCUCUUCCUAUCCUACCCUAAUCAACACAUUGUCAUCCCCAUCAAGAAGAACUCAGCCCACAACAUCCCAGUCAACUGUGAUAGCAUCAGCAACCCCAUCACGGACAAAUCCCUCUCAUCCUUUAUCGCCUAGUGCAAGUCCACAAGCUAGAAAAAAAGUGCGAGUCACAGCACCAGAUACCCCAGUCAGCGAAGAGAUAUUGGCCAAAAGAAGACUCAUAGCAGAAUAUAAGUUAGAAAGACUGAAAGCUGCCAGAUCUAAAUAUGCUGAUCUUGCAGCUGAGCUAUUUUUCCUUCAGGUUGGGGGAAAUAUGAUGGAAUACUUAAAUUGGCGAAAGCGGCCACCUACCCCACAGUUUUUACACUUCCUAAGAUCUAAUCGACUGGAUGUGGAGGAUGAUGACGAAGAUCUUACGCAAAGUCUCACACCUGCUACUCCAGGUGUGCAAUCUGCAACUCUCUCAGCAACUGUUGCAUCACCUGUCCCCCAAACUCCUAGCUCUACUGCAGUUUCAGCUAGCCCUCAAGUUGAAUCAACUGUACCUGAUGUAGUCAAGGUAGCUGUUACUCCUGUCACCAUACCUGCUGGAAGAUCACCACCUAGAGCAGUAGCAUCUGCUGCUGGAAGUUUCUCGCCUGACAGGAGAGUUCCUGGUAGCCCAACCAAGUUGAAAGCUCAACCAGUGCCUGCUGUGAGACAGCAUCCUAAACAAACUCCAACCCAAGAAUCUACUCCUGGUAGUCAAGAAUUAAUUGUUGAGAAGGCCAAACAGGAGGCGCACGUGAUGCAAAGGAUAGCUGAACUCCAAAGGGAGGGUUUGUGGACAGAGAAGAGAUUACCCAAAGUGCAAGAACCUGCCAGAGCCAAAGCCCAUUGGGACUACUUGUUAGAAGAGAUGGUCUGGCUGGCUGCUGAUUUUGCCCAAGAAAGAAAGUGGAAAAAAGCUGCAGCUAAGAAAUGUGCCAAAAUGGUUCAAAAACACUUCCAUGAAAAGCAGAUGAAUGCAGAUAAGGCUGAAAAACUCCAUGAAGUUAGAUUAAAGAAAAUAGCAAAUACAAUUGCUAAAGACAUAAAAAGUUUCUGGGCUAACAUAGAAAAGCUUGUGGAUUUCAAGCAAACCCAGAUCUUAGAAGAAAAGAGGAAGAAAGCUUUAGACCAACAAUUAAGUUUUAUUGUUGAUCAAACAGAGAAGUACUCCAUGCUUCUCACUGAAGGCAUGAACAGAACAGGUGUAGAGAGUGCAAACAAUAGUGUGAAUGCUAGCGUUGCCCCCUCUGUAUCAUCUGACACAGACACAGCUGCCAAGUCUGAUGAUGAUUUUCAGCCAGAUAUGGACUCAGAAGAUGAUGAAAGAACUAUAGCUAAAGAUGAAGAUGUUGGUGGCAAUCCUGAAGAAAUUGCAAGGCUACAAGAAGAAACUGAAAUGUCUUUAGAAGAUUUACUCAAAGAAUUUCCUGGCUAUCUUGACAACAGAGAUAAACUCAUUGAGACUGAAGAUAGUCCAGAUGGCAGCAGUAAAGGUUCUGUGGUGGAAGAUGAUGAGUCCAAGGCUUCUGAAGAUGUGGAAGACGAGGAAGAGGAAGAGGAGGAGGAGGAAGAAGAUGACGACGAUGAAGAUAGUGAUGAUGAUGAUGAAGAGGAGGAGGAGGAAGACAUAGAUGACAAAAAUGAAGAUUCUAAAGAUGUCCCUGAUGUUGGCUGUAAUGAGUCCGGUCUUGGUGAUUUGUACAGACCGGAAAGUAGCAGUGACAAGAAAGCAAAAACUGAAGAGGAGACGGGGAAGGAAAUCAAUGAUGUAGCUGCUGUAGCUGAGAGCUUGCAGCCAAAAGGAAACACAUUAUCUUCAACUAAUGUGGUCACAAAGAUUCCAUUCUUGUUGAAACAUACUUUGAGAGAAUACCAGCAUAUUGGUCUUGACUGGCUUGUCACAAUGUACGACCGCAAUCUCAAUGGAAUAUUGGCCGAUGAAAUGGGUCUGGGAAAGACUAUCCAGACUAUUUCUCUCUUGGCUCAUCUUGCUUGUGAGAAGGAAGAUUGGGGGCCUCAUCUUAUUGUCGUUCCAACUUCUGUGAUGCUAAACUGGGAAAUGGAGUUGAAAAAGUGGUGUCCUGGCUUCAAAAUUUUAACCUACUUUGGGACCCAAAAGGAAAGAAGAGCCAAGAGAACAGGUUGGACCAAACCAAAUGCAUUCCAUGUGUGCAUUACAUCCUACAAGCUUGUUAUUCAAGACCAUCAAAGCUUCAGGAGAAAGAAGUGGAAGUAUCUGAUUCUUGAUGAAGCUCAAAACAUUAAAAACUUCAAAUCACAGCGCUGGCAGCUGCUUUUAAACUUCCAAACAGAAAGAAGGCUUCUGUUAACUGGCACCCCGCUUCAAAAUAAUUUGAUGGAGCUGUGGUCUCUGAUGCAUUUUCUUAUGCCUCAUGUGUUUCAAUCCCAUAAAGAAUUCAAAGAGUGGUUCUCAAACCCUGUGACUGGUAUGAUUGAAGGAAACUCAGAAAUAAAUGAAAGCAUUAUUAAAAGAUUGCACAAAGUUUUGAGACCAUUCCUUCUCAGACGACUCAAAUGUGAAGUUGAAAAGCAACUUCCUAAAAAAUAUGAACAUGUUGUGAUGUGUAGACUUUCUAAACGCCAACGGUACCUAUAUGAUGACUUCAUGUCAAGAACAAAAACAAAAGAAACUCUUGCGAGCGGUAAUUUAUUGAGUGUGAUCAAUGUUCUAAUGCAACUGCGGAAAGUUUGCAAUCAUCCAAAUUUAUUUGAAGCACGCCCAACAAUAUCACCUUUUCAAAUGGAGGGUAUUGAUUAUGUCACUGCCUCUCUUGUUUGCAAUGUCCUAGAUUAUGAUGUGUGGAAGGAUAUUGAUCUCCGCAACCUUAACAUGCAAAUGAUUGAUUUAGAGGACUCUGUAUCAGCAUUUGCGGCACAUCGAAUCAGACGGUACCGAGUACCUGGGAAACUGAUUGAAGAAAUUGACAGCUUGCCUGAUCCACCUCCACCAUGCCCCAAAGGCCGUCUUAACAUCUAUGUCAGAGUGAGCUCUGGAAGUCAGCAGACCUUGGUUUUAAAUCAACAGAAUGGCAUGACAACCCUAGGGGGUGGUGGUGUGAGGAUCGGCACUUCUCCAGCACCACCAAGAAAGCCUGCAGCCCCAGUCACCAAUGGACAGAAGGUUGUAGUUGGACUUUCAGUAGGCCAAACCCCCAAGACCAUCACGAGACCUACCACUUCAGAAUCAAGGAUGACCUCAACAUCAGGAGACAUCAGUUCGUCUAAUGGUAGUUCAACAAACACCAAGUCACCUCGUAACACUGAAGCCAAAUCUCAGUUCUUCAUUCCUGAGCUAGUAGAAAAGAGAAGACUUAGAAGACGGGAAAAACUGCAAUUCCUUGCCAGAUGCAACCAAAUAAAGUGUGAUGCCUAUCCUAUUUAUGGUGCUGAUUUGGUUUGUGCCCUCCACAUGUUGGGGGAGACACCAUGUCCCACAGCUGGUUGGUCUGCUGGCUAUGUAAAUUGUGCUCAUGAAAGCAAAUCUUAUCACCACCCAUCAACAUACUGGCAACGCACAAAUGCUUUGUCAGAUCUAAUUUAUACAAAUGAAGAUUAUGUUGACAGUCUUCAGGACAUUUUUGCAAGGUUUGUGCUGUGGGUGCCUCCUGUUAAUGCACCAUUACCCAUUCUCCAUACUUCUCAUCCUCCUCCAUCUGCACUUUGGAAAGAACAACGGCUGAUAUCAACACUCCAACAUGACAUUUCACCACGUUGUACGUUACUUCACCCUGUAGCCCGCUCAAUGAUAACACAGUUCCCUGACCCUCGUCUCAUACAAUACGAUUGUGGAAAACUUCAAACUAUGGAUAGAUUGCUCCGGCAGCUUAAGGCAGGACAUCAUCGGGUCUUGAUAUUUACCCAGAUGACUCGCAUGUUAGAUGUCUUAGAGGCAUUUUUGAAUUUCCAUGGUCAUAUUUACUUGCGGUUAGAUGGAACUACCCGUGUAGAUCAAAGACAAAUGUUAAUGGAAAGAUUCAAUUCAGACCCACGAAUAUUUUGUUUUAUUCUUUCUACACGUUCUGGCGGUGUUGGUGUGAAUUUGACUGGUGCAGAUACUGUGAUAUUUUAUGAUAGUGAUUGGAACCCAACUAUGGAUGCGCAAGCUCAAGAUCGUUGCCAUCGUAUUGGUCAGACCCGAGAUGUUAAUAUUUAUAGGUUAAUCAGUGACAAAACUGUAGAGGAAAAUAUUUUGAAGAAAGCAAACCAGAAGAGAAUGCUGGGUAAUUUGGCUAUUGAAGGUGGUAAUUUUACCACUGCAUUCUUCAAAAGUUCUACUAUCCAAGAUCUCUUCAACGUUGAUGUUAGUGAAAAUGAUGCCUCCAGGCGUAUGGCAGAAGUUGUUGACAGAGAUAGUCAGGGUGUUCCUUCCCCGCAAGAUGACAAAUUAGCAAUGGGUGCUCUGGAGUCAGCCCUAGCAGCUGCUGAAGAUGAGACUGAUGUCAUUGCUUUGAAAUCAGCUAAGGCUGAAGCUGUGGCAGAUUUAGAAGAAUUUGAUGAGAAUGUUCCACUUGGUGAAGAAGGAGCAGAUAACAAUGCCCAACAGCCAGACCAGCCUGAGCUGAGCAAAGCUGAACAGGAGGUUCAAAACCUUGUUCAACAGCUCUCUGCCAUUGAACGCUAUGCCAUGACAUUUAUGGAAGAAACAGACUCUUGGAGUGCCAAACAACUAGCGGAGGCAGAGGCAGAGAUAGAACGUCAAAAGAAAGACUGGGAAAUGAACCGUAUGGCGGCUGCCCGUGAGGAGGAGGAACGUCGACAACGGCUCGCUGAUGAUGAACCCAUGCUGACCUACUCGCGUGACGAUGCCAAUACUCAGGAGUGGCUCUCUGACAAUGGCAAGGAACUUAUGCCGAUGUGGUGUCCUCCAACACCACCUCAGCAUGACAAUGAUGUGUACAUUGACAUGUCGAUGGGAUUCCUGUAUGAUCAAACCAUAAUGUCUGAAACUCAACUACCACCUGUCUACGUCAAAAAGGAGCUUAAGAGAUCCCGUCAAGCUGAAGUAGGCAGUGCAGGUGAAAGAGAAGGUCGAAGACCUUUGAAAGUGCGCACAAGAGAUGAAGCAUCAUCUCAGGCUCCUCGCUCACUCUUUGACCGCCCAUCACCAGCUCUGGUCAAAAUGCGAAGAGAUAUUAAGCUUCAGAAAUAUCGCGGUCUUGUCCGUAGUCCCAUACCUAAUCCACUAAAGCCUCAAGUUCUACAAAGGCCUGUUCAGGAGCCGGAGUACAUGCCUGAGUGGCUCAUCUAUGAAGAUUUUUGUCUUUUCAAGGAAGUCCAAAAUACCCAAGAACUUAUGUUGAAUUUGUUGGUAGUUACACCUGCUCAUACUCCCAAUUGGGAUUAUGACUCUGAGUGUGUCACCAACAUUGGACGCACUUUCAGAUCGGCCAAACACUGUCGCUACAGAUAUGAAAAUGUAGUUAUUCCAAGGGAAGAAGGGAAAACUCCUUUCCCUGACACUCUAACAAAAAAACAAAAGAAGUUAAAGAGUAUGAACAAACCAAUACAGCCAACAAAAUCCAAUAGACCAAUGCGAACAAAUCAACUUCAUGCUCAUGAUGCCAAUCAGUCUUUCACAUCCUUGUACUUAAAGCAUUUUGAAAAUGUUCGUGAAAUUUCCAACAAGCGAGCCCCAACAGUGAAACCACUUUUAGUUAAUCCAUCAGUUAAAAAUCCCAAACAUGCAGCAGUAUUACAAGAAAACGGAAUUGAUUAUGAUAACCCUCUUGAGCCCCAGGCUGUCGCUCAAAGGAGGGCAGAGCGAAUUGCUUCUGAGAAGAAAAAACAGUCCAAUGCUCAGGGUAAGACCACUGGCUUGCCACCACCUAUCAACCCUGGAGCUGCUCCUCCACCCCCUGUUCUCCCAGCUGCUGCUCCACCGGUAGCUCAGCCUGCUGCCCCAGUUGCAACAGCUGCAGCCACCGCUCAGCCCACCCAGCAAACUGCGGCACAAUUGCAAUUGCAGCAACAGGCCGCUGGAACUGCAACCGGCACUGUGGCUACAGCCACUGGAGUGUCACCUCAGUUAAGACGGCCAGUUACUCUCAUGAUGCAGGAGGUGGUGACCCAACCUGGGGUAAGUGGUGUGCGGGCAGUGGCGCACUCGGUGGCCGGGACCCCUACAGUUGUGUCCGUAGCAAAUCUGACCCAAGCUCAGGCGGCCGCCGCUGUGCAGAGGUUUACAGCGGCCCAGACCACUGCAACCGCCUCCACAUCCUCGCCAAAGGCAGUCACUGCUGGUAUGGUCACGACCACUGGAAAGCCACUGACGACUCAACAAUUACAGCAGCUGCAGCGCCAGCAACAGGCCAUCAAGCGCAGAGAGCAGCUGAAGCUUUUCCAACAGCAGCAGGCCGCACAGGCGGCGGCCGGGACGGCUACUGGAGCUGUAGUUACAAGCAUAGCUGCAACGCAGCAAGCUGUAUCAGCAGCCUCUGCCGGUACCAUCCCUAUCGUGUCAGCAUCAGGGACUGCCUCUGGAGUUACGCAGAAAGUGGUUGCCACUGCUUCAGGCGUUCCUGUUAAUGUGACUGCUGUACAAGUCUCUCAGGGCCAGCAACGCACCCAGAUGCAGUACAUGACAAAAGUGACUGCUGGUAAGCAGACUUUGAGCAGACCUAUGACAGAAGCCGAAAUGGCAAUUCUUAUCCAAAGAAAGCAAGCAGCCCAAGCUCAAGCACAAGCUCAAGCACAAGCUCAGGGUCAGAUUCAAGGGCAAGCGACAGGACAGAUUCAGGCACAGCUGUCUCAAGCAACCUCAGUAGCUUCUAAUCAAGUUGCAACAACUGUUGCUGUUGCUAAGCCUGGUCCUGGUGGACAGAUAACCCAACAGACCAUUGCAACUGCACAGCUUCUUGCCCAAGCUGGCCUUGCUGUUCAGACUGGAGCAGCUGGAACAAGCCAAGCAACUCUCGUUAAAACUUUGCCAGUCACAGGAGUUAUACCUCAGCUAAAAGCCCAACUGGCUCCCGGCUUGAAAGGAGCUCAACAAAUCAGACAUUUGACCUCACAACAGCUACUUCUUCAUCAACAACGUAAAUUACCUCCCGGUCAGAAAGUAACUCAACUUACCCCCGUGAAAAGCGGUGUGCCUACCCAGCUACUUGUACAAUCACCUAAGGCAGUGGGAGCAACAAUGACGGUUCAGCAGCUUCAACAGGCUAUGAAAAACGUACCUGUUGCUGUCUCUUCUGGUGGGGCAGCAGGUCAAGUAAUCUCUCAGGUGUUAGCAAAAGGACAAGUUACAGGAGCAGGAAGGGUCAUCCCAGUAGCGUCGUCUGGGCAACAAACAGUGCAAAGACAAACUGUUCAGGUCGUUGCUGCAUCACCUAUUGCAGCUGCUCGAACUCAAGUUGUUGAUUCUACCGGACGUCCACAAGUAAGCAUUGCGUCAACCCUUGCCUCUGCACUCGCAGGGAAUAUAAAGGUGACGGCGGCGUCCUCUCCACAUCUAUUAUCUCAGGUUUCCGCUGCCUUGCAAUGUCAACCUGGCAUGGUGCCUGUGUUGAGACAAGCCACUCAAAGUCCUGUCAGAAUUCAAACAAGCAGUGGGGGCACACCCAUAAUGGCAGUGACUGUACAACAGUCACAAAGCCAGGGUGUGACUACCCAGCAGCAGUUGCAGCAGCUGCAACUGCAGCUUCAACAGCAGGCUGCCCAGCAAAGUGGCCAGUCAUCUUCCAAUGCUGACUUGGGUCAGCAAUAAGCCAAUCAAUGAAGAUGAUGUCUUCUCUUCUUUAUAAAAAUAACUUAUUUAAAUACAACUUUAUUCCUGAUUUUUAUUCACUUGAAGUUGACUUGCAAUAGUAGUGUUCAAUUUAAAUGUUGGCAUGUAAGUUCUCCUCCUCCUCAAUCCUCUCAAGGCAUUACCUUAAGAAAAGCUGAGUUAGUUCACUGUAUUGCCAAGUACGUAUUUCUUUCAGAUUGAAGUUUACAUUAUGUAUCGAAGAUGUCAUAAGUUACCAAAAAGUCAAGUUUUGUGAUUUUAUUUUUAUAUGGGUUUUCUGUACAUCUUCAUUUCUGUAAAGAUGUAAAAGUAUAAGACAGUGUUUAUUUUAGUAAUAUUUGGUUUACUACUUUUUUUUUGUUCUAGUAGGUAGGAUUGUGUCUGAAUUUGGGGAUGAUUUAUAUACUGUAAUAGCUGGUAUAUUUUUGUGUCAAGAUGUUCACCUGGUUCAGCCUACCCUUACUUCUGUGUAUGUAAUGGUCAGCUAAAUGACAUUAUUUUUAUAUAGAACACAUGUAGCUCAUGCCAUUAAUUUCUCAGUACGUGAUUUUAAAGAAACUUGAAAAAAUUGCCAUUUUUAAUGUGUAUUUGUGGAAAUAAGUAAUGACGUCACUUCUAAAGCAAGAUGUUAUGAAAAUACCUAAUUUACAUCAGAAAUCUGUUUAUAUUUUGGAUAAUAUGGUAUUUAUUUUUCAGUGCUCUUUUAAAUUCCGUCCUGGCUACCUCGUUUCACAAUUUUUAAGAGAUGAUUUUCAUUUUGUUUUGUAUAGCACAGCUAAAGGCAUGUAGCUAUUGUAAGUUGUGCUAACAAUGGCCUCAUCUAGUCUAGGUUACCUGCAAUAAUAACUCAUUCAAAUUGUAUACCUGAUUGUUCUAUUGAUUCAUGUGUGUUAAAAACUGUAUAUAAUGUAAAUAGCUUUUUUAUGUGAAGCAAAUUUUCUGUAUUUGCACAAAUGUCUUGAAAAGGCCAAUCUUUUUAUGACAGCACAUUUAUGUAGGUUGAAUUGACAGUUGUAUUAUAAUGUAAGUAUUUGAAAUUGACUGCUUUUAAGUAUGAUUGUGACCUGUGAACGUGUUUCGUACUUGUAUAUUUGAGUACAUGAAGUUAACUUAGGGAUUUGUAAUAAAGACCUAUUUUCUGUAA